AUGGCGACGGCGUUCAAGGCGUUCGUGAACAGCCCCGUCGGCCCCAAGACCACCCACUUCUGGGGCCCCGUCGCUAACUGGGGCUUCGUCCUCGCGGGUUUGGUUGACUUGAACAAGCCUCCUGAGAUGAUAUCUGGCAAUAUGACAGCCGCCAUGUGUGUGUAUUCUGGGCUCUUUAUGAGGUUCGCGUGGAUGGUACAGCCCCGGAACUACUUGCUUCUGGCAUGCCAUGCCUCCAACGAAACCGUUCAGCUCUAUCAUUUAUCUCGCUGUGCUAGGGCUCAGGGGUAUCUGGAUUCCAAGAAAGAGCCGGAGGCCCAACAGUAA